AUGUUUAUGCUGCGUCGAUGACAAUAAAGCCAAGUUUUCCGAUAAGUUGCCGUGCACCGUGUCGUUGUUUCAUAAAAUUGGUCACGUCUAAUGUGCAACGUGAAAAGUUUCAGUGUUUCAGUCAACCUACUGUAAUGCUAACUGCUGUGAAUUCUUACUUAUGCUUUGUUGAUUUCAGUGUCAGUGAAGAUGUCAUCAAGUGAAGAAGGUUACGUCGUCCGGAUCAGAGGACUUCCUUGGUCGUGCACUCCAGAAGAGGUUGCCAGUUUUUUCUCCGAUUGUGACAUUGUAGGCAAAGUUGAUGGCGUGUGUUUCACCUUCUCAAAAGAAGGCCGUCCUAGUGGAGAGGCAUUUAUUGAGGUUAAAACGUCAGAGGAUUUCAAAAAUGCCCUCGCCAAAGACCGUAAAUACAUGGGACAUCGAUACAUAGAGGUGUUCAAGUCGAAUCGCAGUGAAAUGGACUGGGUGCUGAAACGCAACGGCCCUGCUGACUAUGACAGCAGCAGUGGCUGCAUGCUGAGACUUCGUGGUUUGCCCUUUGGUUGCAGCAAGGAGGAAAUUGUUCAGUUCUUCUCAGGGUUGAAAAUCGUGCCAAAUGGGAUUACACUGCCAAUGGACUACCAGGGGAGGAGCACAGGGGAAGCCUUCGUGCAGUUUGCCUCAAAGGAGAUAGCAGAGAAGGCUCUGGGGAAACACAAGGAAAGAAUAGGGCACAGGUAUAUAGAAAUCUUUAAGAGCAGCCGCAAUGAGAUCAGAGGCUACUACGAUCCUCCCAGGAGGGGGAUCAGCGGCCAGAGGCCCGGACCCUAUGACCGACCCAUGACGGGAGGCCCGAGAGGAGGGGGCUACUAUGGGCCCGGCGGCAGUCGAAAUGGGGGCAUGGUGGACAACAUGAGGAGUGGUGGUGGAGGCUACGGAGGAGGUUACAGUAACUUUGACAACUACAACGGCUUCAACAACUAUGGUUUUGGUAACGGCAUGUUUGACGAUCGUGGCAGAGGAGAGCGAGGAGGAGGAAGAGGGAUGGGAGGAUACGGCGGGCAAAGUGACAGCGGCUCAGCGUUCCACAGCGGCCAUUUUGUCCACAUGAGGGGUCUGCCUUUCCGUGCAACAGAGGGGGAUGUCGCCAAGUUCUUCGCUCCUUUGAACCCUCUGAGAGUUCACUUCGACGUGGCCCCCAACGGAAAGUCAACCGGUGAAGCAGACGUGGAGUUCCGCUGCCACGAAGACGCCGUGGCUGCCAUGUCCAAAGACAAGAACCACAUGCAGCACCGCUACAUCGAGCUGUUCCUCAACUCAACGUCCAGUGGUUCUUCUGAAAUGACACCGAUGAGCUCUGAGGAUGAAAGAGAGGAGAGCGACCCAGAGUCCUCCAGAAAUUGGACCAAUCACAAGACACGUCGCAGCAGUUACUACGGUAACUCCGGAGGUGGCGGGGGUUCGCGGAGUGGUGGGCUGCGAGGCGCAUACUGAUGUCAUCUCUUCCUUCCUAUCCAUCCUGAAGCGUUUGUCUGCCGAUCAUUAGGCCACAUUUAACCAGGAAGUGUUUUCCAAACAGGAGAGCUGAUCUGAAGCGGUGCUGCAAUAAUUCCGCCUCCUGCGUUCGAUCAGACCUUAGACAGCCUCCACCAUUCCCAAACCAGUCGAUUUUGUUUUGAUUUGAAACUCCAAACCAUAAGGUUGAAACUGACUGUCAGUUUUUGUUUUUGUUUUUUGACUCAGUGGUUCAGUUAAAAAAAAAUCUUCUUUUAACAUAAAAAAGACUUGAAAUAGUUUGAAUAGUUUUCAGAGAUUGAGACGUGGUCAGCUUUGCUUUUUGGAAACUGAUAAAUGUGAGCUGGUGUUUUUUAUGAAUGUUUUCACCUUCAUUACGGAAUUUGGUUGAAAAUUGUGUUCCAUUUUUAAAUGGUGGAAGUAAAAAUAAAAGCUAUAUUUGAGCUGUGACAUGCGCCAUGAGGCUGAUGUACAUUUGCUGAAUAAAUUUUAUAUUAAGUUC